AUGUUUAACAAUACAGCAAAAACACUAGAAAUAAAUCCAGCCAAUUUUGUCAGCAAAUUUUUUUUUUGGUAUGUCUACUUUAUAUAUUUUUUCCGCGACAAUUAUUACGCUGUUAGAAAAACUAAUAUUAAAAUAAACAACAUCAUUAAAGUCAUUAAUAUCAAUAGGUGGACUGUAAAAUUAUUCAGAAAAGGUUCUCAAGAUAAACUUACAUCGGAAGACAUUUAUACCCCGUUGAAUCUUGAUGAGUCCAAGACUCCAGCCAAUGAUUUAGAACGGAGGUGGAAUUGCAUUAAAGAAAAUUCUUCUAAGCCGUUUUUUAUAAAAGCAAUUAUCCAAACAUUCUGGUUGAAGUAUCUCUACAUCGUAAUUUUUGUAAUACUGGAGCAAAUAAUCCUAAGAAAUUCCCAGCCAUUUAUUAUGAACUGGAUAAUUGAAUAUUUCACGAUAGAACCUACGAUUAAUGUUACACGAAAGGAUGCUUUUAUUUACGCAACUAUAAUUGUUGCCACCAUAAUUGCAAUCAGUUUUAUUGCUCAUCACGUUUAUUGUAUCAGUCAGAUACUGGGGAUUAAAAUUAGAAUAGCUUGUUGCGCAUUGAUUUAUAAAAAAAUUUUGAAGCUCAACAAAUCGGCAUUCAAAAAAAAUAAACGUGAUCAAAUUAUAAAUCUUUUGAAUAAUGACGUAUAUAACUUUGAUUUGCUUCCGUUGAGUCUCAACUUCUUAUGGAUAACUUUUAUUCAAAUGAUUAUAAUUUUUCCCAUCGUUUGGCAAACUAUCGGUCUGCAUGUUAUUGUCGGCUUUGGAGCUCUUUUAACUGUGGUUAUUUCUAUGCAAGGGUGUAUUGAAAUUGUAGACAGUACGCUCAGGAAGAUGAUUGAAAAAUUAACUGAUCAACGAAAUCAGAUAGUUAAAGAAAUAACUAUUGGAAUUAAGAUAGUCAAAAUGUAUGUAUUGGAAAAAUAUUUCGACAAAGUUAUGGAUAAAAUAAGAACAGAAGAAGUACAACAGUUAAGACGUUCAUUGCAUAUUAGAGUAUUUCACAGUUGUUUACAAGGAAUUACUUGUAAAAUAAUGGUUUUUGUAACACUAAUGAGUUUGAGUUCAGAAGGAGUAAUUUUUAAUUCUAGAAUAACUUACAAUAUUUCUGUUUAUUAUCAUAUUCUUCAGUUCCUGGCGAUAAUAUAUUUGCCGAUAUCAAUCAAUCGUAUUGUGGAAAUUUACACAAUGAUUAACAAAAUUCAACCAGCAUAA